AUGAAGGUCACCUCGACGCCCUCGACGUCCACCACUGUCGCACACAACGCCGUCCCCCCACCCUCGGCAUCAUCGACGGCACGCUCAUCGCGCAUAGCGCCUCACUCGCACAUCAAAGGGCUCGGGCUCACAGCUGAGGGACUCGCUGCGAGCGAUGGAGCUGGGUUCGUUGGACAGGCUAAUGCUCGUGAGGCAUGCGGUGUGGUCGUCGAGCUCGUCAAAACGCGCAAGUUCUCCGGGCGCGCACUGCUGCUCGUGGGCGCACCAGGCACGGGAAAGACCGCACUGGCGCUCGCGAUCUCGCACGAACUGGGCGCGAAGGUGCCGUUCUGCCCGAUGGUGGGGAGCGAGGUGUACAGUACGGAGGUGAAGAAGACGGAGGUGCUGGCUGAGGCGUUCAGGAGGGCGAUAGGUCUGCGGAUAAAAGAGACGAAGGAGGUGUACGAAGGCGAGGUGACGGAGCUGACGCCAACCGAGGCCGAAAACCCGCUGAGCGGCUACGGCAAGACGGUCUCGCAUGUUAUCGUGGGGCUCAAGACCGUCCGGGGCACAAAGCAAUUGCGGCUCGAUCCGACGAUAUACGAGGCAAUUCUGAAAGAGAAGAUCGUUGUCGGAGAUGUCAUCUACAUCGAGCAGAACACGGGCGCUGUCAAGAGGGUAGGCCGCUCAGACGCAUAUGCAUCCUCAUACGACCUCGAGAGCGAGACGUACGUCCCACUGCCUAAAGGCGACGUGCACAAGCGCAAGGAGCUUGUUCAGGAUGUCACGCUCGGCGAUCUCGACGCGGCAAAUGCGCGCCCGCAGGGUGGGCAGGACAUCAUGAGCGUCAUGGGCUCGCUCGUCAAGAGCGGGCGUACCGAGGUCACCGACAAGCUGCGCCGCGAGGUCAACAAGGUCGUGAAAGGGUACGUCGACCAGGGCGUCGCAGAAGUGGUGCCUGGGGUGGUGUUUAUCGAUGAAGUGCACAUGCUCGACAUCGAAUGCUACACAUACCUCAACUCGCUCCUCGAGUCGCCCAUGGCGCCGACGGUUGUGCUCGCCACGAACCGCGGGCACGCGACCGUGCGCGGCACGACGGACAUCAUCGCGCCCCACGGCAUCCCCGUCGACCUGCUCGACCGCUGCGUCAUCGUCAAGACGGACGGCUACUCACGGGAUCAGAUCGGCAAGGUCGUACAGCUGCGCGCGAACACCGAGGGGCUCAAGUUUGGGCCCGGCGUAGUGGAGAGGUUCGCAGAGGAGGGGGAGAAGUCGUCGAUGCGGUAUGCAUUGCAAUUGCUCACGCCGGCAGCGAUAUUGGCGGACAUUGCUGGGAGAUCACAGAUUGAAGCAGAGGACAUCAACGAGAUGGGCGAGCUGUUCAUCGAUGCGAAGACAUCGGCUGCUAUGAUUGGGCCGGAUGGUGGAUUCAUUGGAGGGAACUCGUUCUAGACGGCGAAUGAGAACUUCCUGCUUGGUAUGUUCUACGUCACGCAUUUCACAACCAUGCCCAUGAUUGGGACAGGAUCAAAAGUAAACUUGUAAUGUUUCA